CAGCUCGUGGUGGCCCUUCGCGUUCGUCCCAUCAGCGAAGCCGAGGCAGAAGAGGGAGCCGCUGUCGCGGCCCACCGGGCGGGCGAGCAGAUGGUUGUAUUGAUGGACCCAAGUGAAGAUUCAGACGACAUCUUGCGAGCUAACAGUUCCCAAGAAAAAACAUUUGUAUUUGAUAUGGUUUUUGACCACACAGCAACCCAGGAAGUAGUAUAUGCAUCGAGAACCAAAAGCCUGAUAAAAGGAGUCAUUUCUGGCUACAAUGCAACCAUUAUCACCUAUGGUCCAACAGGAGCAGGAAAAACCUACACCAUGUUAGGGACAGACUGUGAACCAGGAAUUUGUGUCCGUACUCUUGAUGACCUCUUCAGGGCCCUUGAAGCUACCACAGAGAACAUGGAUUACACAGUCUCCAUGUCCUACUUGGAGAUCUAUAGUGAAGUGAUCCAUGACCUACUGAACCCAUCAUUUGGGUUCUUAGACCCGAGAGAGGACGUCAGAGGUAGCAUCCAGAUAGCAGGAAUUACGGAAGUCUCCGCUACCAAUGCUCAGGAGACCCAGAAUCAAGGCAAGAGAAUGAAGGAAGGAGCGCACAUCAACUACUCACCGCUGGCUCCGGGCAACUGCAUCAAUGCUUUGAGCAAGACGGGGGGCAGUCGGGUCCAGUUUGUCAGUUUUUGAGACAGCAAACUCACACGCUUGUUGAAGGUACUGUACCCUGCAGGGCUCAUUGGGGGGAACAGCAGGACUGUUAUGAUGGCACAUAUCAGCCCAGCAAGUACCUGCUUUGAAGAAUCUCGAACAACCUUGAUCUAUCCUUACCGAGCACAAAACAUCAAGACACAGGUAAAGGAGCAAGCAACCCACAGGAGGUAACACAUUGGCCAGUACACCAGCAUCAUCACGGACCUCCGCAGGGAGAUAGAGUAUCUGAAGGCAAGGAUUGAAAGCCAGGAGAAAGAAAAAAGCGCAGUCAGAUCUCACCCCAGGGAAGUGCAAGCAGAGAUGUACCAAGACUCAGAGGCACGCAGUCAGCAAGAAAUGAACAAGCUGCGGGUACAAUUGACUGGGGCUUUCAGGGAGCAAAUGGAGUUGUGCCGCAGCCUGAUGGAGCUGGAAAACACCAAUGUUGAGCUGCAGGUUGAUACCUGCAGGCACCUGCUAACAAUCACAGAAGCUGGAGCAGCACUUAGCAAAUGCUCAGAGAAAAGCUCCCAGAUGGAGAUGACUUUACCCAGACAAAUCACCAGUGAGGAUCAUCGGGAGGUGCCGAGACUCCUUUGUAGAUCCCAUGAGCUUGAGGUUGGCAACACAGAGCUGCAGGCAAAUAUACUGUACCAGGAGAAUCUAUCGUGCCAGAAAGAUUUUGUGAUACAGCAGCUGCAGCAGCACGUGUUGUUCUGUGAAAAAAUUAUUCACCAGCAGCAGACGCUGCUAAAAGCCCAGGACGUCCCUGUCCCAGAGACACUGGCAAAGUAGCACCACCUGCACUCCUCUGAGCUGGAGGAGGGGACACUGAACUGCCUGCUUCUGCUACAUUCAGUGAGGUCCAGCAUGCUCAGGGCUCGGGAUGGGGAGAGCGAGUCAUGGGUUCGCACCCAGGCCAGGUUCAGGCUGGCGAUCAUCAUGUAA